UGGUGGCUCUCCGUCUGGAUUUUCUGCCUCCCUCGAAGCCCAGAGCAAAGCAAGUGGGCACAAGGAGUAUGGUUCUGAUGUACCCAAGGUCAUGAAGACACCACUGUUGGGCUUGGCUUUGUGGUCACUGCUUUUCCAGCCCGGACUGACGUUCUGGUCCUCCCAGGUGAGUCAAAGCUGCCUCAAUGGCACCUACGAGAUCAGCGUCCUGAUGACGAACAACUCAGCCUUCCCAGAGCCCCUGGAAAACUUGAGAGAUGUGGUGAAUGAUGGGCUGGAAAUAGUGAGAGGACGUCUGCAAAAAGCUGGUUAUUGUGAAUGGAGACAGAGUGAAAAAAACAUGGGCUGUGUCCUCAUGGGGCCCUCAUGCACAUAUUCCACCUACCAGAUGUACCUUGACACAGCAUUGAGCUACCCCAUGAUUUCAGCUGGAAGUUUUGGAUUGUCAUGUGACUAUAAAGAAACCUUAACCAGGCUGAUGUCUCCAGCCAGGAAAUUGAUGUACUUCUUGGUUAACUUUUGGAGGGCCAAUGAUCUGCCAUUUAAAACAUUUUCCUGGAACUCUUCAUAUGUUUACAAGGAUGGUAAUGAGUCUGAGGACUGUUUCUGGUACCUCAAUGCUCUGGAGGCUGGAGUUUCCUAUUUUUCCCAGGAACUCAACUUUAAGGACACGUUGAGAAAAAAGGAGCAGUUUCAGGCUUUCUUAACAGAUAAUAAUAGGAAAAGCAAUGUGAUCGUUGUGUGCGGAACACCAGACACCAUCAACAACCUCAAGGAUGACCAAGAAGAGGCUGAAGACAUUGUCAUUAUCCUAGUGGAUCUAUUCAAUGACUACUACUUUGAGGACUAUGCCGUAGCCCCUGACUAUAUGAAAAAUGUCCUUGUUCUGACACUGCCUCCUGAAACUUCCAAACUAAAUUACUCUUUCUCCAGUAACUUUUCACUGGGAAAAGACUUUGCUCUUGCCUACUUGAAUGGAAUCUUGCUCUUUGGACACAUGCUGAAGACAUUUCUUGAAAAUGGAGAAGAAAUUCUCAUCCCCAAAUUUGCUUAUGCCUUCAGGAACCUCACUUUUGAAGGGUAUGGUGGCCCAGUGACCUUGGACGACUGUGGGGAUGUUGACAAAACCAUGGUGCUUCUGUAUACCUCUCUGGACACCAACAAACCCACAUUCGUCUGGCAGAACUCCAGACUUCCUAACGAUAUUCCAGGCCAGGGCCCUCAGAUCCUGCUGAUUGCAGUCUUCACUCUCGCGGGGACUGUGGUACUGCUCCUGCUCAUUGCCCUCCUGGUGCUCAGAAAAUAUAAAAAAGGUCAUCAACUUCGUCAGAAAAAAUGGUCCCACAUUCCUCCUGAAAAUAUCUUUCCUCUGGAGACCAAUGAGACCAAUCAUGUUAGCCUGAAGAUCGACGAUGACAAGAGACGAGAUACAAUCCAGAGGCUACGACAGUGCAAAUACGACAAAAAGCGAGUGAUUCUCAAAGACUUCAAGCACAAUGAUGGCAACUUCACGGAGAAACAGAAGAUAGAAUUGAACAAGUUGCUUCAGAUUGACUAUUACAACCUGACCAAGUUCUACGGCACAGUGAAGCUUGACACCAUGAUCUUUGGGGUGAUCGAAUACUGCGAGAGAGGAUCCCUCCGGGAAGUUUUGAAUGACACAAUUUCCUACCCCGAUGGUACAUUCAUGGAUUGGGAGUUUAAGAUUUCUGUCUUGUAUGACAUUGCUAAGGGGAUGUCAUAUCUGCACUCCAGUAAGACCGAAGUCCACGGUCGUCUGAAGUCCACCAACUGCGUGGUAGACAGUAGAAUGGUGGUGAAGAUCACAGAUUUUGGAUGCAAUUCCAUUUUACCUCCCAAGAAAGACCUGUGGACAGCUCCGGAGCACCUCCGCCAAGCCAACGUCUCUCAGAAAGGAGACGUGUACAGCUACGGGAUUAUCGCUCAGGAGAUCAUCCUGCGGAAAGAAACCUUCUACACUUUGAGCUGCCGGGACAAGAAUGAAAAGAUUUUCAGAGUUGAAAAUUCCCAUGGAAUAAAACCCUUCCGCCCGGAUCUAUUCCUGGAAACAGCAGAGGAAAAAGAGCUUGAAGUGUAUCUACUUGUAAAAAGCUGUUGGGAGGAAGAUCCAGAAAAGAGACCAGAUUUCAAAAAAAUUGAGUCUACACUGGCCAAGAUAUUUGGGGGCAGGGCCACUGAUGAGAAACUAUUUCCACAGGUGGAAACCAUUGGUGAUGCCUACAUGGUGGCUAGUGGGUUGCCUAAGAGAAAUGGCAAUCGUCAUGCAAUAGACAUUGCCAAGAUGGCCUUGGAAAUCCUCAGCUUCAUGGGGACCUUUGAGCUGGAGCAUCUUCCCGGCCUCCCAAUAUGGAUUCGCAUUGGAGUUCACUCUGGUAUGGAGUUGAGCAUCUUAGCAAAUGGGAACCAUGUGCUAGUGGUGAAGUCUCUGAAGGAGAAAGGCUUUGUGGAGCCAGAACUCUAUGAGGAAGUGACAAUCUACUUCAGUGACAUCGUAGGUUUCACUACUAUCUGCAAAUACAGCACCCCCAUGGAAGUGGUGGACAUGCUUAAUGAUAUUUAUAAAAGUUUUGAUCACAUUGUUGAUCACCAUGAUGUCUACAAGGUUAUUAGAAGUCCCUGUGCUGCUGGAGUUGUGGGAAUCAAGAUGCCUCGUUAUUGCCUAUUUGGAGACACGGUCAACACAGCCUCCAGGAUGGAAUCCACUGGCCUCCCCUUGAGAAUUCAUGUGAGUGGCUCCACUAUAGCCAUCCUGAAGAGAACUGAGUGCCAGUUCCUGUAUGAAGUGAGAGGGGAAACAUACUUAAAGCACAGCAAAGCUAUCAUUGCAUCGGAGAAUCAACAGCGCUUGCAAGCGGAAUUCUCAGACAUGAUUGCCAACUCCUUACAGAAAAGACAGGCUGCAGGGAUAAGAAGGCAAAAACCACGACGGGUAGCCAGCUACAAAAAAGGCAGUCUGGAAUACUUGCAGCUGGAUAUCACAGACAAGGACAGUACCUAUCUUUAAACCUAAAUGAGGUGUAAGGACUCACGCAAAUUAAACACAGCUGCACUUAGGCAGUGACCUCAAGUGUCUUGAAAGCCUGCAUUUUCCUGAGACCUCAGUGAAACAGGAAAGUACUUAGCCUUGGCUGCCCUAUCUGGAACAUAGACUUUCUUCCAUGAAUCAGAUAUGUGUUCUCAGUGAAAUAACUGCCUUCGACUCUGAGCCUUAGCCCAAUAGUUGUUCUGGGGAACUUCCACCUGGAAAAGAAAAGAAAUGAAUAGCCUAUCUAGAACUUGGGGAGAUUUUGUUCUUAUUUCAUUUAUUUUGUUUUUGUUUUGUUUUGUUUAUUGGCUCUUUGCUCUUCUAUAUCCAUGUUAAGAU